ACAACCGAAAACACACACAAACACACUUUGAUUGUAUUGAGUUUUCACUUUGUAUAUACAAAAUCCUAUUCUCAUCGCUUACCCUUUAUUUCUGUUUUUUGGUUGUGCCGCCAAUGUUCUAUGCACCACCACCACCGCCCUUUGCCAACGCUUCCACUUCCUUCUCAUUUUCUCUCUCCUAUGGUUUCUCCAGGUUUUUCUCUCACUUUCCGAGCUGGAUUCGCUCUCGUUUAUCUUGCGAAUCUCCAUGCGCCGCUGGUUCAGCGGGUUUGUUGAUUAGACGAGAACAAACAAACUCUAUCUCUCUUUCCCUCGAUCCUUAAACCGCAUAAAGUGUAAAAAACCUAGGGUCUUAAGUUUUGACAGGUCCAUAAUUUAUAGCAUUCCUAUGGUUUUCUCAAUUAGGGCAAAGAAAGAAGAAAACUUUGAUUGCUCUAUGUAGGAUUUUGUUUUUAUUUUUUCUAGGGUUUUGGUGGAUUUGGAUGGCACUGGGAGAAUUAAUGGCGUCUAGGUUUUCUUCUACGCAAUCAUCUGUUGCUGCUGCUGCUUCUGCUUCUGCUGUAGUGUCUAAUCAUUACGAUGAUUACUCCUCUGCUGCUGCUACUAAUCAUGGCGAGGAUGCUGUUGUUGGAGAUUUGAUGUCACAAAGAAGAGAUUCAGAUACUACUACUAGUAAUUAUGGAAAAGUUAGUAAUAGUAAUAAUGCUGUUACGGUUACAAGUAUGGCUUAUUUACCUCAGACUAUGGUGUUAUGUGAGCUUCGACAUGAUGCUUUUGAAGCUUCUGGUCCUUCUGAUAGUGGUCUUAUUUCCAAGUGGCGGCCCAAAGAUCGAAAGAAUGCUGUUGCUACCAUCCAAGUCAUGUCAGGUAUAAGCAUCAAUGGAGUUUGGUUUCUCUUUUUCAAUAACAACACAACGAUGAAGACGGGAUAUGUAGCUCUAGUUUUAUGCUUAAACAUCAGUGUUGAUCCACCUGAUGUUAUUAAGAUAUCCCCUUGUGCCAGAAUGGAGUGCUGGAUAGAUCCAUUUUCAAUGGCACCUCAAAAAGCUCUUGACACAAUUGGGAAAACCUUGAGUGUGCAGUAUGAAAGAUGGCAACCUAAGGCUCGUUAUAAAGUGCAACUUGAUCCUACUGUGGAAGAGGUUAAGAAACUUUGUAAUACAUGUCGAAAAUAUGCAAAGUCAGAGAGAGUACUUUUCCAUUAUAAUGGUCAUGGUGUUCCAAAGCCUACUGCCAAUGGUGAAAUCUGGCUAUUCAACAAGAGCUAUACACAGUAUAUCCCCUUGCCAAUCAGUGAUCUUGAUUCCUGGUUGAAGACUCCAUCGAUAUAUGUUUUUGAUUGCUCUGCUGCUGGGAUGGUUGUCAAUGCCUUUUUAGAGCUUCAUGACUGGAAUUCUUCCAGCUCUACUGGAUCUGUGAAGGACUGUAUUUUGCUUGCUGCCUGUGAAGCACAUGAGACUCUUCCUCAGAGUGCAGAAUUUCCUGCUGAUGUGUUUACUUCUUGCCUCACCACACCAAUCAAGAUGGCAUUGAGAUGGUUCUGCAAGCGUUCAUUACUACACGAGUCCCUUGAUUAUUCACUUAUAGAUAAAAUACCUGGUCGGCAAAGUGACCGGAAAACACUACUGGGAGAAUUGAAUUGGAUUUUUACAGCAAUGACAGACACAAUUGCCUGGAAUGUUCUCCCUCAUGAUCUUUUUCAAAGACUGUUCAGACAAGAUUUAUUAGUUGCCAGUCUGUUCAGAAAUUUUCUACUGGCUGAGAGAAUUAUGCGUUCUGCUAAUUGUUCUCCAAUUUCUCAUCCAAUGUUACCGCCAACUCAUCAGCAUCAUAUGUGGGAUGCAUGGGAUAUGGCUGCUGAAAUUUGUCUCUCUCAGCUUCCGUCUCUGGUUGAGGAUCCUAAUGCAGAGUUCCAGUCAAGUCCUUUCUUCACUGAACAGCUGAUGGCUUUUGAGGUUUGGUUGGAUCAUGGAUCUGAAGAUAAGAAGCCGCCGGAGCAGUUGCCAAUUGUUCUUCAGGUUCUACUUAGCCAAUGCCAUCGGUUUAAAGCACUGGUGCUUCUUGGGAGAUUCCUUGAUAUGGGGUCCUGGGCAGUGGAUCUGGCAUUAUCUGUUGGAAUAUUUCCAUGUGUUCUGAAGCUGUUGCAAACAACAACACCAGAACUAAGGCAAAUUCUUGUAUUCAUAUGGACAAAAAUUCUGGCACUUGAUAAGUCAUGCCAAGUUGAUCUUGUUAAGGACGGGGGGCAUACAUAUUUUAUCAGGUUUCUUGAUAGCAUGGAAGCAUAUCCGGAACAGCGAGCAAUGGCUGCAUUUGUUUUGGCUGUUAUUGUUGAUGGACACCGAAGGGGUCAGGAAGCUUGUAUUGAAGCUGGUUUAAUUCACGUGUGCUUGAAGCAUCUUAGGGGUUCAUUGCCGAAUGAAGGUCAAACUGAACCGCUAUUUCUUCAAUGGCUCUGCCUAUGCCUGGGGAAGUUGUGGGAGGAUUUCACAGAGGCACAAAUAAUAGGUUUGCAGGCAGAUGCACCUAGUAUAUAUGCUCCUCUACUCUCCGAGUCCCAACCUGAGGUUAGGGCUUCUGCUGUGUUUGCUCUGGGUACCCUGCUUGAUAUUGGGGGUGAUGCAUGUCGAGAUAGUGUUGCAGGCGACGAUGAAUAUGAUGAUGAUGAAAAAGUUAGAGCUGAAAUUAGCAUUGUUAAAAGUCUACUGAAUGUUGUUUCAGAUGGCAGCCCACUGGUCAGGGCAGAGGUUGCUGUAGCUCUAGCCCGCUUUGCAUUUGGCCACAAGCAGCACCUCAAGUCAAUUGCUGCAGCAUAUUGGAAACCUCAGUCAAAUACUCUUCUGAACUCCUUACCUUCUUUGGCCCAUAUCAAAGGUACAGGUAUUCUUUCAUCUCAAAUUGGUCCUUUAACGAGAGUUGGCAAUGACAACCCAUCGGUGGUUCGGGAUGGAAGAGUCUCCACUAGCAGUCCACUUGCUACAUCUGGAAUAAUGCAUGGUUCGCCCUUAUCUGAUGAUUCAUCUCAACAUUCUGAUUCUGGUAUGUUGAAUGAUGUGGUCAGUGACGGGGUCGCUCACCAUUCGAGGCCUAAACCGUUGGAUAAUGCAAUGUAUUCACAGUGUGUACUGGCUAUGUGUACUUUGGCUAAGGAUCCUUCUCCACGCAUUGCCAACCUUGGCCGGAGAGUGCUAUCCAUUAUUGGGAUUGAGCAAGUAGUGACAAAUCCUGUUGCCUCCGCUGGUGGCAGCGGUCGGCCUGGUGAACCUACAACUUCAUCUCCAUCUCCAAGUCUUGCAGGACUAGCUCGUUCAUCAUCAUGGUUUGACAUGAAUGCAGGUCAUUUGCCUUUAACAUUCAGAACUCCUCCUGUCAGUCCUCCUCGACCAAGUUAUCUAACAGGGAUGCGCAGAGUUUGUUCUUUAGAGUUCAGGCCUCACCUAAUGAGUUCUCCAGAUUCAGGAUUAGCUGAUCCUCUUUUAGGUUCUGUUGGACCUUCUGGGGGCUCAGAACGGAGUUUACUUCCUCAAUCAACUAUUUAUAACUGGAGUCGUGGUCACUUUUCAAAGCCACUUCUUAAUACAGCAGAUGACACUGAAGUAAUGUUGGUUAAAAGAGAAGAGCGGGAGAAAUUUGCAAUGGAUCAUAUUUCGAAGUGUCAGCACUCAUCUGUUAGCUAGUUAAAUAAUCAAAUUGCAGGCUGGGACACAAAGUUUGAAACUGGCACAAAGGCAGCAUUGUUGCAUCCUUUCUCUCCUAUUGUCAUUGCUGCUGAUGGGAAUGAAAGGAUCAGGUAUGAAAAUUUAAACUAGGAAUUUCUUAUCACCUUCUUUGAACCUAAUGAUAGCUGUUUUCACAUGCUAAAUGUGGUCACAGAAUUGUCAAGUUGCUUGGUUGCAUGAUAGUUUGGAUGUGGUUGUUUUAUGAUAUAAUCCCCCUAGAUGCUAAUUCUCCUUGUUUGACUUUUGGCAUGCUAAUUUUAUAUUCAUGUUUUCUGCAUGUCGUCCAUAACUAUUCCAUAUAAGCUGAAAAAUGUAGUUAUGUGCGUCCCAAUACUUGCCUUCAAGCUAGGCCCCGUUGGACUUGUGCAUCACGCAAGAAAAAUUUCUCUUUGCGUAUUAUGCUCAAAUGCUUAGAGGUGAUAUGAAAGAACAUUAGGCCAAAUAACUUAUAAAAGCAGAAGGUGUUUUCAGAUUGCAAAAGGGGUCCGAGAGCUUAGGCUUGAGGUGGAGUACAAGCCAAGCAUUCUCCUGAUAGAGGUGAGGCACAAAAGGAAGAAAAAUUUAAGUUCAAGCAUUUAGAAUAGAAGACAAAUCUUGAUUUAGGUUAGGUUUCUCAUAUUCAAAUAUAAGCAGUAGAAAGUAUGGAAAAAAAGGCUGAAACUUUCUACAGAAUGAAGAAAAGGAGGAUGAGAAGAGUAGAUGAUAAAAAGAAAAGAAAAAAGCAUCAGGAGGAAAAUUACAAAUGAACAGGAAAAGUAAGUAUAGAAUGAAAAGAAAUAGAGGGCAAGAGAAAAAGUGAGAUUCAAUUGGGUUGUGCAGAAAAACCUAAUCUGCAGCUUUGUUUCUUUUCCUUUGUAGAACUAUUCCCGUGCUUUUUCUUUACUUUGUUCUUUUCUUUUAUCUGUUGUGCUUGAGACCUUGAUUGAACAACAAUGGAGAUUUUAGGUGCAGAUUAUUUAGAUUCUCAUAUGACAGGAUGAAUUUUUCAUUUGGAUUUUUAGUUGCAUUUAGUAAUAUUUUAUGUUCUUUUUUUUUUUUUUAAAUUUGUUUGCUAUGGAUGUUUAAUGAUUCUGCUGCUAUGUGUAAUAAGUUGAGCAUUGAGGAAGUGUGCAGUAAAGAUGAUUAGUUUGAUCUGCUUCAA